AUGAAUAGACUCUAAACUAUAUCUUUGGCUGUCUUCUUGGGCCUCAUUAAUGCCCAGGAUCUUAUGAUGCAAGAUGCCUAGUUCCUUCAAGACACCGGCUCUAUUGAGAAGGCUAUGUAGGCUAAGGAGUACGCCUCUGAUAAGGCUGAGGACUUAACCAGACUAAACUGUCUCUUGUACAAUGAUUUGACGUUCUUCGAUUUGAGAGUUCUCGAGAAGGGAAACACCUAUAAAGUAGCAGGUCACAACUUCAACUUCUGUAGAAGAUUAAAGGAUGAAGAUGGUGAAAAAACCUUUGCCUAUUCUGAUGUUGGAAGUGGUUUUUUGGACAGCACCACUAGAUUGACAGGAGGAGGUAAACCACAAAAUAUCAAGUCAGUAGUAAAUGACACUGAUGCUAACGCACCAAGACACAUCUACUUCGAAAUCGACGGUGGUGAAGAAUGUGCUGCUGACAAAAAGAAGAAUUACAAAGUUAUCUAUGAAGUAUUCUGUGAUGCUGAGGCUAAAGAUAUUCCAACAUUGUUUUCAAAGAAUCUUGAUUUAACAGACAAAUGCGCACCAAAAUUAUCGUUCACUCACGCUAGUGGCUGUCCAGUCUUCCAAGCUACCUCUAUCGUAAGAUACCUUUCUGAGAACCCAUGGGCUCUUGGAGCUAUUCUUAUAGUAUUCGGUACCAUUGUAACAUUCUGGGGAGGUAAAUUCUUCCCAUACGUACUUGCCUCAGUUGCUGGUGGAAUAACCUUCCUUGCUAUCCUUUUGCUCGCUUCGAUUCUUGGUGCGCUGAUAGCUCUUGAAAAAGGUAAGCAAUCAACCCCAGGUGAGAUCACUCUAGCAGUCAUGAGUUUAAUUGUAGCCCUUGGUCUAGCUGUAUUCGUAGGAUUCUUCAUUAAAAGAAUCUAAAGAACUGGUUUAACUGCCCUAGGAGCAGUUGCAGGCUUCUUCGUUGGAUUCCUUCUUUACACCUUUGUUUUCAUCCAAUGGCUACAACAUGUUGGCCUUCUAAUUGCUUCAUGUGGUAUUGGUGCCUUACUUUUCGGUUUCCUAGCUUAUAAAUUCGAUAGACAUAUCAUAAUCUAUCUUACUUCCUUCAUUGGUGCUUACGCCUUCAUUAGAGGUAUUUCAAUGUAUGCAGGUAAAUUCCCCAAUGAGAUCUUCUUGAUUCAAUAACUCAAGAAUAACGCCUUCGAUGGUCUUGGCUGGGAAUUUUAUCUUUAUUUGGUAGCAAUUGUUAUCCUCGGAGUAUUAGGCUGCAUUCGUCAAUUCAGAUAGAACUACCAUAAACAUGAUGAUGAAUACGUUGGAUAUCAUGAUAAGGACGAUAACUUCAAGAAAGCUAAGUGA